AACCGAAACCUUCCAACCAGUUGCUGUCGAGCGGCGGUGAGGGGAGGUUGCCCGCCGCCCCUCUCCCCUCACUCACUCGGUGCUUGUAGGGAAUAGUCACCGUCAUAGCUUAUCUUGCCCUGUGCCCGCUAGUGACCGGUCCUGUGGGUUCCUGCCUGGGCAGCGGUGAGCCUCAUGCCUGGAGGGAGGAGCGGCGGCCUGCAGAGAGUAGAGUUGCACGUGAGGCCAAACUAGAGGCGGAUUGGGUGGCUAGCACUGUUAAAGUGGGUGUGCCAACAGCUCUCGGCCUUCCCUCCCACUCUCUCUCUCUCUCUCUCUCUCUCUCUCUGACUCAAACAGCACGCCUCCUCUGUUACCAACUUACCAAGGUGUGCUUCGUGUCCAUGCAGCCGUAACAUCCAGGUUAAUUAAUCUACGUGCACGUCCGAUAAGGCAGGGCUGGAACGCUCACAGGACGAGUUGCUGCUCUUUAGAUGAUCAAGAUUUGUAGAACGACAGACAUGGAAACUAGCAACGAGGAAACGGAUGCCGAGGAGGAGGACAAGAGGCGUUGGUGCAGAAAGAUGAAGCCAGCAAUGUGGUACUUGAUGAUGAUCGUCGUGGGUUUCUUUUACGUGUACCUGACGGCCAUCCAGUACAUUAGAGGCCAGACGGUACACGAGCCGCCCUCCAACUACCUGAAGCAAUAUGACCCGCAGUACUUCGACGAGAGCCUCAUCAGCCCCUCCAACACGCUGACGUUCGAGUACCACAACUACACCUCGAUGACCGAUUUUCUGCGGGCCAUGAGCGCCACUUACCCCAACCUGACAGCGCUCUACUCCAUCGGCAAGUCCGUUCAAGGCCGUGACCUCUGGGUGAUGGUGGUGUCGUCCUCGCCCUACCAGCACAUUGUAGGUCAGCCGAAUGUCAAGUACGUGGCCAAUAUGCAUGGGAACGAGGCUAUAGGGAGGGAGAUGCUGCUACAUUUGAUUGAGUACCUCGCCAAAAACUACCAAACAGAUGACUACGUGCGUUGGCUUCUGGAUAACACGAGAAUCCACAUAAUGCCAUCUAUGAACCCUGACGGCUUUGAGGUCGCAAGGGAAGGAACGUGUCAGGGCGGCCAGGGCAGGUACAAUGCCCGAGGGUUCGACCUGAAUCGCAACUUCCCUGACUACUUCAAGCAAAAUAACAAGAAGAGCCAACCCGAAGCAGAGGCCGUGAAACAGUGGAUCUCCAAAAUACAGUUCGUCCUCUCUGCCAACCUUCACGGCGGAGCUCUCGUCGCGUCCUACCCCUUCGACAACUCGCCAAACACUACAAUGGACUGGUUACAACUUCUGCGCAUUUUAAACGAAACACAAGGCAAAGACGGUAGGGAGGAAGUCGAUUUUAAAAGUGUCUUCCAGCAGUUUACAUCAACACCUUCUCUGACGCCGGACGAGGACGUUUUCAAGCACCUGGCUAGCAUUUACUCCUUCAAUCACGGUACAAUGCACUUGGGUUUACCUUGCAAGCCCGGCGCACCUGCCUUCACCAAUGGUACCACGAACGGAGCUGCCUGGUACCCUCUUACAGGUGGGAUGCAGGACUACAACUACGUCUGGCAUGGCUGUAUGGACAUCACUAUUGAAAUGUCCUGCUGCAAAUACCCCAUGGCGAAGGAGCUGUCCAAGUUCUGGGAAGACAAUGAGAAGGCGCUGGUGCAUUACCUUGGCGAGGUGCACAGGGGCGUGCGAGGCUUCGUAACGGACGCUGAGGGCCGCCCCGUGGAAGGAGCCUCGCUUAAAGUGAAGGGGAGGGACGUUGGCUUCCAGACCACAAAGUAUGGCGAGUAUUGGCGUGUCCUGCUGCCCGGACACUACAGUCUUGAGGUGUACGCCAGUGGUUACGACCCAGCUGUGGAGGAGUUUUCUGUAGUGGAGACCAACCCUACACUCCUGAACAUCACUCUGUAUCGUGCCUCGCCCGAGCCAGACGUCCUGCCCAGCGGCCCGAACCUUCACCACGGAGCGCCGCAGCCUCCGCCACCCUCUGCUGCGGACCGCGUGAGCCAUAACCGUCGCCCUGGCUUCAUCGGGGGCCCUGGACAGCAGCAAGGCUCGGCUCCCAACAACCAGGGCGUAAUAUCCGGCUUCUUCUCCUCCAUCUCUGACCAGAUAUCCAGUGUCUUCAAGAUGUUCGGCUGAAUGGCUUUUGUCUGUCCCCUUAUAGAGUAGACUUGACUGAUUGUUGUUAGAGUGAAUGUUCUUUUUAGUUUUUUUCCUCUUUUUUAAUCCAACGCCGUGUAAGUCUUUGGAAGUUUCCGUUAGAUGAUCAUUGUUAUACCCGUUAGCAGUGUUAAGAUGAAUAUGAUGUGAUGUAAUUGUUAUCCUCCGACUGUAGCAUUGUUCUUAAUGGCGGGAGAGAUUCAAAGAUACGUACCUAAAUCGUUGUUAUCCCCUUGUUCACUCCCAUCAUCUGGUUCACUGUUAUCCGUUCCCUAUCCUCCCUACCCUCCCCAUCUCGCCCCUGUCAACACUCGCCGUCAGUAGCUUUGUCCUCAGUGGGAAAGGUUUCGUCGUAUGAUUUUUAGGCAUGAUGUUACUGCAGGCGAUGUGUCGAGGAGUGAGUCACGUGGCUUUGUAUCAUAGGGACCGUGUGGUGAUCGUAGUAAUGCUGCGUUGGGUUGCAUUCCCCGCCACAGCGCCUGGAGGAACGCGAGGCCUGCAGCAAUGGAUUAGUUGUAAUAGUAUGAAGUGUGUUCUUGAUCGCAGAGAGGCUAAGUGAAGCGACGGUUGUAGUAGUCAUCGAGUAAUGUUCAACUGUUAUGCAUUUCUCACUACGUUGUUGUGAACGCGAGAGAUUUAAUAGAAGCACUGGAUUAGUGAUAAGAUUCUUCAGUUUGUUAUUGAUCGUAGGGAGACUAAGCAGUGACUGUAGUAUGGUUCAAGUAAUGUCCGAUAGUGUUGCAUAUCCCGUCAUAUCGAAGGUGACGUGUGAAGCGCUGAAUUAGUGGUGAAGUUUGUAGUCUGCCUUGACGCUCGAGUGGAGCAAACCGUCUCGUUUAUUUAUCGAGAUAGAACACGUCUCACGUAGUACAAGCGUCUGGAUGUACAUUUGGUCGCUGAGAAGAAAGGCACAUUUAGUAGAGUAAGUACAUACGAUAAGGGAGUAACGCAUGCAUAUUUCACCCUCAGGUCACCCCUAAGUUAUAGCUGUAUUGGGUUAACAAAGCAACAAGACCCUGCAGAAACACAUCGGCCGAAUUCUGCCACAUUGAUGCACUACAGCGACCAGAAAGCACCUCCACUUACUGUGAUAUUUGAAGGAAAAAAAUAUCGUUGAAUAUUCGGUUAAAUUUUUCAAAAUUCCAGAGGCAUGAGGAGGAUCAUUUGAGGCUGUGAGUGUCCCAACAUGGCACAAGCCAGCCGGUUGUUGUUUCUUCAAGGUCUCCAUUCAGAACCCGUGCAGUGGUGCGUUUUUACUUAAACAGUGACACGUCGUUGCUUUCAUAUUGUGCAUGAAAAGCGAAUGAGCGGUGCUCUGCUCAACUUAACUUGACGGAUAGGUCAGUUCCUCCUCGUGGCUGAUUUACUAAGAUGGCAUUUUCAAUUUAUAAGGAACUUGCAUCUCUUCUGGUUUAUGGAGUGGGUUAAAUUUGUUCCGAGAAACUGUAUUGUGUUCGUUAAGGAAGAAGACUGGAUUCAAUGAACACAAGGAAGACUGUUUUUGACUGGUUUACGAAGAUUGCGAUUUCAUCACUUUAAGAAACCUGCAUUUACCAGAUAGUCAUUACACUGGUUCAGUUAAUAAAUUCCACAUUCGAUCCUGUGACCAUCAGUUGCCCUUCCCUCUUACUCUGACAUCCCCAGACCUCGAGCACACUUCCUGCUUUGCUCCAAUAACCAACUCAACAUUCGUUGGCACUUCUUCACUUGUCAUUCUAUCUUUAAGUCAAGGAAGGCUGGAUUCGGGCUCAUAGAAUCGUUAAGAUCGUCGCAGCUUUAAGCAAUAGCGAAUCUGAUUGGCGCAUCAGGACCACAUCUGCACGUUUGGCUGGUAGUCCGUUGUCGCCGCAUUGAGAGGGAAGGGACGCACUCGUUCAAGUUGAGGUGAAGAGUCACGGCCACCGGUUAGGUAGCGUAGUGGCAUUACGGAGGUGAGGUGACAGGUAGACAUUCACAAAGCAACUCGUUGUAGUCUGUAUAGAUAUUUAUUUUUAGCGUAGUUUCUUCAUACCUACCACAGGCCUUUUCAAAUGCACAUCAUCCUUUUCUCUGGUGAUAAAGACGAAGGAGAGAUAUAUAGACAUGAAUAUAUAAGGAGAAAAAUCACGCUGCAUGCCUUAAUUGUCUGUUACUUUUGACUAAUGUGAUGUUAGUGUAGGAUUAAGUGUGAGCUGUAUACUUUAUUUAUUUAUUUAUUCAGUCUGGUCUGGAGAAAGUAUCGCUGUGAGCGCCUGGGACCAGUUAACAUUAGUUUUGUAACCCUAAUUGAAAAGUAUUGCGGAUGUGUUAUAGUACAUAAUGUUAGACCAAUAAUGAAUAAGUACCACAUUCCCGUUAGUUUUUUAGAACUGUCAGUAAGUAGCAGUGAGAUAAUAGUGAUGUUCUCUCCCUUUAUUAUUAUUAUUAUUAUUAUUAUCAUUAUUAUUAUUAUCAUUAUUAUUAUUAUUAUUAUUAUUAUCAAUGUGUAGAUCCAUUUCGCAUACGUCUGCCUUCCAUUAAGCUGCCUUUUCAUUGUUUAGAGCAACGUAGAGGACGCACAAGUCUCGGCACACGAGUCUCUUUGUCAGACAGUCUUAUUCAGCGACGUGAAAUCCCUGACAAGUCAAAAAAAUCCAUCGUUUUUGGGUCGAGAACUGACAUUUUUCUUGCCACGGACAAAGGCCAUUUAUCAGCUGGAGUGACGGUGAUUUCUGCCGACCUGUCUGGAAUUAUGUCGCUGGAGGGCCGGCUGUCAGGGAGGCCGGUGCGCUGUGUGUGUGUGUCUCGGCGCCUCGCCCUACAGGUCCGAAGCGAGAAAGCAACCCUUAUCGUUAUUGCUGUUAGAAAACGAGACCUGGGUGUGUUCUUUUAGAUGUUCAUGUGUCCCCGACAUGAUGUUCGCUGGAGGAUCUGGUAAACUGUGAUUUUUUUAUUAUAUUACUUAAUGUAAGUGUAUGUUGAUAUCUUCCUUUCCUUAGUGCACGUAGCAUAAUGACCAUUUAUGCAGAGUGACGUGUCUUCAAGAGGGUUAGGCGAGUGACAUGCGGUGUAGAACGGAAUUAUUGUCCAGAAGAAAAAUUAUUUGUUAGAGUUAUGCUUGUUGAUGCUGUAUUGACAGAAAUGCUGACCAACUAUAUUUUUACUAUAAAAUGUCACUGUUUGGUAUGUACAUGUGUUAUUUAAAUAGAUAAUCAACAAUA